GCUGGUCUGUAGAGAGGAGACUCCUUCCUCUGGCUCUGCUCUCUAUUAUAGAGGAUUACCCAAUACAGAAACAUCUCUCUGUUACAGGGGAUUACCCUGAGAGAAACGGCUCUCUGUUAUACAACUUCUGUCCAGAGACUGAAAAUUGACCGUACAGAGACAGAAGGAGAACUUUGAACACAAAAGAGACUAAGAUACAGCAUUGAACCAGAGGAUGCAGAAGAUGCUUGCUGCCGGUGUUGGAAUGAUGCUGGUGUUGGUGAGGUUGAACUUAGGAAUGCCAAACAAGGUUCAAGAUGAUCCCAGCUCUCUCAGGGUGAUCAACCAGGAGAAGUGGGAGAGGGAUGUGCGUUCGGCCUCCAGUCUGGACGAGCUGCUCAUGCUGACAGAUUUCCCUGACUGGAAGCUGUGGAAGUGUCGUCUAAAACUCAAACACCUGGAGACGUCUCCCUCAUCCUCUUCCUCUCAGCAGCCCAACCACCGUUCCUCCUCCUCCUCCUCCUCCUCCGCUGGGUCACACCGCUCCACGCGCUACGCUGUAGCAUCCUACAGCCUGGAGAUACUCAAAGCCAUAGAUGAUGAGUGGCAGAAGACCCAGUGCACGCCCAGAGAGACGUGUGUAGACGUGGCAAAGGAACUGGGCACCACGACCUCCAUGUUCUUCAAGCCCCCCUGCGUGUCCGUCUUCAGGUGUAACGGAUGCUGCAACAAAGAGGGUGUAUCGUGCAGAAACACAAGUACUGCCUAUGUUAAUAAAACACUGCUGAGCGUGAUACCGUUCAAAUACGGACCUGAGCCGGUGUUGAUAAAGGUAGCCAAUCACACAGAGUGUAAGUGUAUGGAACCACCCCUGAUCCGACGGCAAGCCCAUAUACGCUCUCACAGGAGGAACGGGUGCUCUCAUCGUCAGCUCUCUAAAUCAGAGGACUCCAGGCGUCUGUGUGCCAGUGGGUUGAUCUGGGACUGCAUGGCCGACCGUUGUGUGUCCUACUCCUCCACUAAACAACCAGACUUCUCUCCCAAUAUGAGAACGGUGGACUGUGACAUAGAUGUUGACAGGUGUGACUGUGUCCCAGACCACACUACACUGUCCCCACAGCCCACCCUAACCCAGGACCCAGACCAUCCUACGCUGCAGGUCACCUGAACCAUACUGCCUGUGCUAACAACAAACAGCACUUCAUCCAUGCCUCUUGCAGAUGCCAGUGAUACUCAGAAGAAUAUAACCUUUGACAUCUGCUUGGCUUUGAAGUUUGGAAGCAGUGAAAAAGUUCAUAAUUUAAUUUAUAUCGCUAUUUAUAUAUCUAACUUCAAAUAAAAUAGUUUAUCUUUCUAACCUACAUACAUGACGUUUUACAUGUUUUAUUUACAUAUGUAAAUUAUUAGUAAUUAUAUGCACUGAACAUGUAUUUUACGCUAAAGAACAAUAUUUUUGUAAUAAUUGCUUCCAACAUUUUGUAAAUAUAAUCGAAGUUUGUCCUUUUGGUGUCUAUAAUUCAUAUUUAUAAUUAAAGUUUUAACCGUUUUGUUCAAAGUUCUCUCACCUUGUUAAGUAUAGGUCGGGAACAGGCCUGUUAACGGUGGGUCGCGACGUGUUAGAGCAAAUGUAUCAUUAUUUCAUUCAUUACUGGAAUUGAUUUGGCCAAGUACAAAUGGUCUGUGUUCAUUGCGCUCUCUGCUAAGCAGCUGUGUCAGUUUGGCAGCUGCGCGACUGAGAGGGAGAAGCCUGUGUGCUUCGUGGUUUACCGGAUCUUUUUUCUGGCAGUUUUAAUUGAAGAUCACUCCGCAGCAGCAGAUGAUGCGCCGUCAGCCAAUGACUUGGUAUUCUCACUCGCCAGCUGUCAUCAAAUGUAGUCAAGCUAGCCAUAAAUUCCGACAGCUCAAUCGUCAUUAACCAGAAGGGGACUAGGGUUCCAAUUUGGGAACACCCCCCCCCACGUUCAGCUGGAAGGUGGCGCAUGGAACACAAAAAUAUUCCAAAAAAUAUUUAACCUCCACACAUUAACAAGUCCAAUGGCUCAAAUGAAAGAUAAACACCUUGUUUAUCUACCCAGCAAGUCAGAUUUCUAAAAUGUUUUACGGCGAAAACAUAGCACAUAUUUAUAUUAGAUCACCACCGAAACAAAAGGCAAGCGGCGGCCAUUUUGUCCCAGAAAAAAGAAAAUUUAAAAGUAGGAUUAAAAAAUAAAUAAUUCACUAACCUUUUGAAAAUCUUCAUCAGAUGACAGUAAUAUUACAUGUUACACAGUACAUUUUUUUUUUUCAAUAAUAUGCCAUUUAUAUCCAUAAAUCUCUGUUUACAAUGACGACAUUUCAAAAAAUGCUACUCAAAUGUCAGGAGAAAUGAUGAUAGCUCCGACAGAUAACGUCAGAUAACAAGCAAUAAACAUGACUAAAUAUACAUGUUCUACAUAUAUUUACAAAGAUACACUUCUUCUUAAUGCAACCGCUGUAUUACAUUUAUUUUUAACGUUACAGACAUCGUUCACUGGGCUAUACUAUGAGUCAGCGCUCAGAUAUUAGCAGUAUGUCUCCUCUACGUUUGGAGUCCACAGAAACACCAAAUAACCACAUAAAUAUUCCCUUACCUUUGAUGUUCUUCCAUCAGAAGACGUAGAAGGAGUCAUACUUACCCAAUACAUCGUUUGGUUUCACGUUGUGUGUCUCUGUAUUAGCACAUGUUAACAGCUUCGGCUGAAAUGCAUCCAAAAUGACUUCUGGUCCAGCACUCUUGCGCAUCAAAACUUCCAAUUUACAUAUUAUAUGUCCACUAAACUGGUCAAACAAUGUGAAAAAUCGAGCUUUAUGAUGUUUUUAGCAUGUAGAACAAAGAUCAGCGCGAACAGACAAUCCGGCUUCUGCUGGAUCAUGGAAAAAGACGUACUCCAAAUCGGCCGCGCGCAAUAGAGUGCCUGUUUUUCAGAGGGACACGAGCAAUUUCGCCCGCCAAACGUGCAGGGCUCGUGGGAUUCUCACAAUGAACGUGCCAUUUGAAAGCUGACAUCGCGCUGAACAGAUAGAGACUCUUCCUGGAUCGGUAGCUGCCUGGGAAGGGUUGGGGGCCAUGACGUCAAAGUUGACCCAACUUUUCUCUUCACAAGAGAGAGUUUGGGAGAAAGGCUGCCCUGAGAGUUCUGCUUUACAUACAGACAUAAUUUAAACGGUUUUAGAAACUUUAGAGUGUUUUCUAUUCAAUAAUAUUUUUUAUAUGCAUAUAUUAGCAAUUUUGGGAAAAAAUAUUUUCAGUUUACUAUGGGUACGCACUUUCUCCAACGGGGGCAGUAUAGAGGGGGAGCUCUAAGAUUAAACUGAAAUACAGCCAUACGUUUCUUUCUCUUAGUUUCAUACCAACUUUGAGAAAUAACGAGGAGCGCACACAAUGUAUUUUGUCCAGGGAAGUGCUUAGUAAUGAGACUCUCACAUUAAAAUAACACAUCCUGAGCAAACAUCCACAACAUGAUGGUAAACCCAGGGAGGUCUUUCAGAGCAGGGCUGAAAUGCUUCAGGAAACGUCGCUUUGACAGUGGAAAAGUAAGUCAACUAGCUUGAUGUCAUUUUAUAACAGGUACGCACAAAUAAGGGAGUACAAUCUGUCAAAGUAGUAACUUCGAUGUGAGUUUCCCUUUCAAAUAAUUCCAUUGUACACAGCUAUUAACGUUAGUUAGAUUGCUAAUAUUAGCCAAAGCAAGCAAGCUAGCUAGCUACUGUGCUACCCAUAAGUUACAGUACUGUAUAUUUUGAAUAUAAAAUGAUCGGGCCUACUGCACAACUUAAUGUAGAAAUGAUUGUUGAAAACAACAAGUCUAGGUUGGAACUGUUGCUGUUAAAAUACAAGUAAUCAUUUUGAUUCUGAACUGGAAUAAAAUGAUUGAUCUCGUAUCUCUCUGGCGUACUUAAAAAACAAGUACAGAAACAGACUCCAUGCUGUGCAUGACCUCAGGGUUGCACUGUUAAAAACUGAACCCAGAAUAGAAAUGCUUGUUGAAAGCAUCAACCAGCCACACACCUCUCAUUAGAACUGUGUGUGUUUUCUGCUCUACAGCUGUGUGAUGUGAUCAGCUUAUUCCAGUUCAGAAUGAAAAUUAUUAUAUUUUAACAGCUACAGUUCCAACCUAGACAGAUGAGUACAGUGCAUUCGGAAAGUAUUCAGACCCCUUCCCUUUUCUAACAUUUGUUAAGUUACAGUCAAAAACACUCAAGUUACAGUCAGGCAAAAGACCGCUUCCUGCUGUAGUCUAAAAUUGAUUAAAUAAAUAAAAAUCCUCAUCAAUCUAUACCCAAUACCCCAUAAUGACAAAGCAAAAGCAGGUCUUUAGAAAUGUCCACCUGUGGUAAAUUCAAUUGAUUGGACAAUUGUCUAUAUAUAAGGACCCACAGUUCAUGUCAGAGCAAAAACCAAACCUUGAGGUCAAAGGAAUUGUCUAUAGAACUCCAAGACAGGAUUGUGUUGAGGCACAGAUCUGAGGAAAUGUACCAAAAAAUGUCUGCAGCAUUGAAGGUCCCCAAGAACUGUCACGACUUCUGCCUAAGUCGAUCCUGCUCCUUGUUCGGGCGGUGUUCGGCGGUCAGCCUUACCUCAGGUUUUCACCCCGAGAGUAACGGACAGGUGAAGAGAGUUAACCAGGAUGUGGGAAGUUUUCUGAGGUCUGGUUCCUUGGCAUCAGAGUCAGACAGAGGCUCCUGCGGUGGACGACUGGUUCCGGCGCGAGGAGGAAACAUGGGACGCUGCACAUGUCCACCUUCAGUGCGCCGUACUGUGCCAGAAAAGGGGAGCAGACCGUCACCGCAGUGAGGCCCCGGUGUUCGCACCAGGGGACAGGGUCUGACCCGAAACCUACCCCUCCGCCUGCUCUGUCGGAAGAUGGGUCCGCGGUUUGUGGGGGUCAUUUAAAGUCCUGAGGAGAGUGAACGAGGUAUGUUACAGGUUACAGCUUCCCCCGAUUACCAUAUUAACCCCUUGUUCCAUGUGUCUCUCCUCAGGUCGGUGGUGGCUGGCCCGCUCCAGGAGUCUGUGGUGCGGGAGGUUCCUCCACCCCCUCUGAACAUCAAGGGGCCCCGGCGUACUCCGUUCGAUCCAUACUGGAUUCGAGACGUCGGGCCUUCAGUACAUCGUGGACUGGGAGGGGUAUAGUCCGGAGGAGAGAUGCUGGGUUCCGGUGGACGACGUGUUGGAUCCUUCUAUGCUGCGAGAUUUCCACCAU